AUGCUUUGUCAACCUUCUGAUGAAACAUUGUCAUUUUAUCGAGAUACAAUAAUAAUUCGCCUGAAAAAUAGCCUUGGGUUCAAUAGACAUGCAAUUGGAAAGAAACACAUAACAAUAGAUGCGUUUCCAGAAAGUGUAUUUUUGUUUUUAUUUGAAAAUGAAGAUAAUUUCAAGUAUAUAUCAAGUCAACGAAAAUAUCAAUGCAUUUUUGAGGGUAGUAUGGGUGCAGAAAAACUUAAAAGUAUAUUCAAAUAUAAUGAAAUUAUAUUUCGUGAAAAUAUAAAUACUUCAACCCGAGGGUAUAUAUUAUUUGAGGAUAAUGAUAGUCAAUACAAAGCAACAUUUAGUUGGAAACAGAAGGAGUGGAAGGAAAACAAUGAACUUUUUUUAACUGGAGCUAUGUUAAUUAAUUUUAUUACCAAUUCUGGCGACCAAGAUCAAGAAAAUAUUGCGCCACCUCUUUAUGAACCAACCUUUGAUAGUAAACAUAAUUUGCAUACGAUAUAUAAUAAUUCCUGUAAUGUGUCUUCUUCUCAUCCUAAUUUUUCUCAAUCAAAUAAUACAAUUUCAUCAAUAAAUAUUGAGCCAACAACUAUUACUAAAUCACGCUAUAGAUAUAUUUUACCUCGCCCUCCAAUUAUAUAA